CUGCACUGGCGACGACACUCACAACAGCACUACACUACUAGUCACUUCUCAAUCACUUUCACUUGCAACACUCCAUCACACCACACCACACACUCACUUGCACUUUGCUCCAUUGCUACAUUCCACCAACAAUCACCACACCAGCACGGCAUACGCAACACUCGCACACACCUCCCCACCCCCACCACCACCACCAUGUCGCCAUCACCAGCGACCACGCGCGCCGAGAGCAGACGGCAAGCCGCCGUCAAACUGGAAGAAGACGAGCGCAAGCAGCGCGCUGCUGCGUGGGUCAACUCUCUCGGCGCGAUCAACGACAUUGUUAUCAAGCCUCACGAGUCGCUGUUGUCGCCGUUCCCCGAGCUCGAAGUCGACGUGAUGGGCCGUGCCAGCCGCAGCUUUUUAGCAACGGUAAACGCGCAUGCGCACGCCCUUGCGGCCACUUCGCGCUCCCCGCCGUCGCCGGCAGCCCGCGAGCGCUCGGCCCAGCGGUACGAGUUCAUCCGGAGCAUCCGCGCGCAGUGGGGGGAAACGACGUGCGCGCAUGAGGAUGUGUACUGCCGCGUGCGCGGGGUUGCCGAGGUGCUCGAGAGCAACAGCAGCAGCAGCGAGGGCGGCGGCGAGUCGAGCAGCUCCGCGGCGGACCGCAAGGCCGUCGAGGAGGACACGCACGUCUCGAAGAAGCCCCGCCUCGCAACCAGCACACCACGCGCGCCGAGCCUCGACCCCGAGAUUGGCGGCGUGCCACACUUCACGGCGGCGAGAUGGAGCGACAUGAUCUCGGCAGCGGCGGGCACCAAGCCCCGCCAGCCGGCAGAGGUCGAGACGGGGACAACACACAAGCCUGUGCCGUCCGAGAUUGACGUGCUCGUCGUUGGCAUGGGGCGUGCCGGGCGGGUAUGCGGCGAGGUCUUGCAGAAGUCGGGACGCACGCGCGUCAGCGCUGUCGAGGUGGAUGCCGAGGCGCACGACGGGUGGCGGCCACCACGGGUCCUCGCCCCUGCCGACGUCGCGCCAGAGUACACUCUCGGCGUCAUUGCUUCCUCGUCCCCUGCGGCGCGCGAAAUCGUCCGCAACACAACAGUAAUGGCAUGGCUCCUUCUCCAAACGGGCCGCGACGACGAGGGCAUGCUCGCCGACCUCCGCGCGACCAAGCUGCCCGUCAUUGUCGGCGCGAGCUCGCACUCCGACCCCACAUCCUUCAUCACCGGCACGGUUAUGGGCGAGUCGAGCUGCACGGCCAACGCGCUGCGUGUCUUUGGCAGCUUGGUACGCGAGGCUGGCGCGACGUGCCUUCUCGCCGACGACAUGCCGAGUGCGCGAUUCGAAAUGACAAUGCGCGACUGUGCAUCAAUGUGCAUCUCGUCUCUCUCGCGCGGCGGCAACGUGCCCUCAUCGGAGGCGGUGCGGGCGUUCGUCGCCGAGAUCGUCGAGGUCGGGUGCGGUGCUGGUCUUCUGCCUGUCGAAGAACGGGACGAGGCCAUCGCCGACGUGCUCGCCGACGUCAAGCCGUCGCUCGAGCUCGACCUCGAGGUUGUCAGCGGCGUGGUUGACCUUGCGCACGAGCACAAGGUCGCCAUCCCGCGCCUCGAGUUUGCGUACGCCUUGUUAGCCGCUUAGCUUAGCUUAGAUUAAUGUAUAUUGAUGGACUCUGUGGAGCGUGGAG